AUGGCAAACCUGGAUGACGACAGCCGGGUGGAAGACCUCGCGGUGGGAGGUCUGUUCGAAGACCCAGAAGGCUUCUAUCAGCCAGAGCAGGAGCCAACUUUUGCAGAGCACCAAAUGCUCGAUGGCCACGUCGUCCGCGUGCGCCUGGUGGGCAGCCACCCUCUUUACGCCAAUCUCUUAUGGAACGCCGGCCGGACAAGCGCCCACUACCUCGAGGAGAGAGCCGCUGGACUGCUACACGGGAAGGAUGUGCUGGAAGUCGGAGCGGCUGCGGGUGUUCCCAGCAUUGUCUGUGCUGUCAAGGGCGCCCGCACAGUCGUGAUGACCGACUAUCCGGACCCGGAGCUCGUGGAGAACAUGCGCUACAACGCCUCGCUAGCCACGUCUUCCAUCCCCGAAUCCUCCACUCUCCACGUCGAUGGCUAUAAAUGGGGGAACCCGGUGGACGGUCUCCUCUCGUACUUGCCGGCAGGUUCUACGGGGUUCGAUGUGCUGAUCCUGGCGGACGUGGUCUAUGCCCAUCGUGAGCAUGGCAAUCUGGUCAAGACCAUGCAGCAGACGCUCAAGAAGUCUCCCGACUCGCUCGCCCUGGUGAUCUUUACACCGUAUGAGCCGUGGCUGCUGCCCAAGACAGAGAAAUUCUUCCCCUUGGCCGAAGAAGGAGGGUUUACAGUGACCAAAAUCUUUGAGAAGUUAAUGGACCAAGUCCUAUUUGAAGAGGACCCUGGUGAUGAGAGACUGCGAAGAACUGUCUUCGGUUACGAACUUCGAUGGGCCCCGGAACACCUGUAG